AUGAGUUAUUGUACCGAUAAUUGGUCAACAUGUCUUCAUACUAAAUUGAUGAGCAAUAUGGAGAACUAUGCUCAGAAAGUAUCAAUAGAAUUGGAUGAACAAAGUUUAUCGUAUGCCGAGACAGGCUACUAUGUACAACGUCUUGCUCUAGCUUUGCUCAAUACUGAUUUGUUCCAUCGACAUGAAAUAAUCUAUCAAAUGGUGACACGAAGCAUUGAAUUACCAUUGGGAAUGUUUGCCAUAUAUACUGUUGGUCGCAUCUAUUUUGGUCUCAAUCCAGAUGAGUGA